AUGUUAUCGCGUUACUUGUUGUGGUGCAGUUCUUUGAGACAAACAUCGUUCAGGAGAUAUGCAACAGCUGUGCGAGAACAACAGUGCAAAGAAAUCGUAAACGAAAAUUUGGAAAAUGCACGUCCAUUUAAGGAACUGCCGGGACCUAGUAAAUAUGAGAUUAUACGGGGAUCCAUGCUGGGAGGCGAAUACCACAACAAAACUUACGUUGAAACAUUAAAACAACUCUCACAAAAGUAUGGACUACUCUUUCGCUUUCCGGCACUUUUUGGCAAACCGGAAAUGGUCAUGGCACUCAAUCCAGCAGACUAUACAACAAUAUUUCGCAACGAAGGCGCAUGGCCCGUACGUCGCAUGCUUGAACCAUUCAUAUAUUAUCGUCAAGUGUACAGAAAGGAAAUAUUUCAAGGCAUCGGUGGUGUUAUCGCAACUAAUGGCGAGGAUUGGGCGAAGUUACGCACAGCGGUCAAUCCAGUCCUGAUGCAACCAAAGAACGCAAUUCUCUAUCUGAACACGGUACUAGAAAUAAAUGAUGAAUUUCUUGAAAGAAUCCGUCACAUACGCGAUCCGCACACACUCGAAAUGCCCGAUGACUUCCACAAUGAUUUGAGUCGUCUCACAUUGGAAGGUGUUGUUAGCAUAGCACUCAAUAAGCGACUCGGCAUGAUACAUACAAAUCGUGAUUCACCCGAAUGCAAAUUAAUUUUGAAAUCCAUACGCAAUUUCUUUGAUUAUUCCGAAGCGCUUGAGAUAAAGCCUUCGAUUUGGAAAAUAAUCAAAACACCGACUUUCCAUAAACUCAUGAAAUCGCUAGAUACACUAACGGAUGUUUGCAAUAAAUACAUUGAUGAAGCAUUUAAAAAAAUCGAAAAAGAUAAGAAUGGUAAACUCACCACAGAGGUGGGUAAGGAGAAAAGUGUUUUGGAGAAACUUCUGCGCAUUGAUCGCAAAAUCGCUGUCGUUAUGGCGCUCGAUAUGAUGAUGGCCGGCGUUGAUACCACCAGUUCCACUUUAGCGGGCAUACUCCUUUGCAUUGCCAAAAACCCCGACAAGCAACAGAAACUUUUCGAUGAACUCCAACGUAUUCUACCACAUAAGGAUUCUAAGUUGACCAUAGAAAAUAUGCACAUUCUGCCUUAUUUACGCGCUUGCAUUAAGGAAGGUAUGCGCUAUUACCCCGUCAUCACCGGCACAAUGCGUCGCCUACCGAAUGACGUUGUCUUAAGUGGUUAUCGUAUACCAGCGGGUGUCGACCUUUGCAUUAGCUCUAAUUUGUUAUUGCGGAAUGAGAAAUUUGUUGUUGAGCCAAACAAAUAUAUACCCGAACGUUGGGUACGCAAUGAUCCGGAGGGUCGGAAAUAUCACAUUGAGAAUCCAUUCCUUUGCCUGACAUUCGGUUUUGGUCCACGGAGUUGUGUGGGUAAACGUAUUGCGGAUCUGGUAUUGGAGGUCACCUUAGCGCGUUUAGUGCGUAAUUUUGUGAUUGAAUUUAAUUAUUCCACCGAGAAUGCUUUCAUACCGAAACUUGUUUUCAUUCCGGGAAUACCGAGGAAAGGAAGAAGUGAGGAUUAA